CUUUGUGACAGAAGGCGGCUGUGUUCCAACGUUCCAACCCCUGCAGCCGGGCUCAGGUUGUACUCAUCCCCAUUCCGGUAGAUGCUGCUAGACCUGCUGAGCCAUUCCAGCAAUUCCUGUUUGUGUUGAAGCCCCCUAGAGCUUUUGACAGUUUCAUGACAGAAUGCAUGAUUUCACUAUGGAUAAAGAAGCAAGUCGUUUGGAGAAGGACUAUGUUCAUGAUGUUUAUGAGAGGAUCGCCCCUCACUUCAAUGACUCUCGUUAUAAGGCCUGGCCCCGAGUACGACACUUCCUGUUGGAACAAGAACCUGGCAGUCUCAUCGCAGAUGUUGGAUGUGGAAAUGGAAAGUACCUUUGUAUCAACAAGCAGGCCUACAAAGUAGGUUGUGACUAUUGUCUGCCCUUAGUAGAAUCAGCAAGGGAGCAGAGCUAUGAAGCCAUGGUAUGUGACAGCCUGCAUUUACCAUAUCGGGACCAGUGUUUUGAUGCCAUUCUAUCAAUAGCAGUGAUACACCAUUUUUCCACAAAAGAACGUCGUGUUCAAGCAAUAAAAGAAAUGGCGAGAAUUUUGCGAGUAAGAGGGAAAAUGAUGAUCUAUGUUUGGGCAAUGGAACAAAAUCGACGUAAAUUUGAAAAGCAAGAUAUUUUUAUUCCAUGGAACCCUACACCACCACCAUCCAGGUCCAAAAUUCUAAAUGAACAAAAUACAUCAAUCCAACAAAUUAAUAAUGAAUUUUUUCAUAAAGGCAAACCUUUAAAUUCAAAUAAACUGGCAAGCAGUGAAUUCAGUUUGUGCAAAAAACACAUUAAAGGAAACCAAGUUUCCUCUUUGGUAAUGGCGAAUACAUUACUGUUUGAAAAAUCUUUAAAUCUGUGGAUAUUUUCUCAAUCCCUGAAUUCUUCACAACAGUUCAGCAGCAAUAAUAGAACAAAAUCCCCUAAAGAGAUAUGGAUGUUUGGGGAUUACAUUUCUUCAUUUAAAACAAAUAUUAAGUUCUCUGAACAAAGAAAAACUGACAAUAUGACCAGAUUUGUUUCUAAUGUAUUUUCCUAUGGGCAACAUUCUGAAGAUGGUUUUGAUGUCCUUUCCAAGUCACAAUCACUUCGCCAUUACAACAUUUCAGAUCCCCACACCCUGUUCUUUGAACAUCCAUGCGUGGGAUCAUUUAAAGUCCAGGAGUCUUCCAGCAUUUUACAUCGAUGUUCUGAAGUUUCCUUGCCUGAUCUUACUUCACAGCCCUUAUUCCAAAAUGAGUCUCUCAAUUGCCUGAGUGAAAAUAAGUCUGCAAGUGACUCCACCUUUGAGAACAUCAACAGUGUGCAUCCACAAAUGCAGAGAAAUGUGACUACUGACUCAAGUAACUGGCCUUUGGAGUCUCAGGUUUUGGCAAAAGACAAAAACGAUCAGACUAAUUACAACAGUACUUGCCUCAGAUACUAUCAUGUUUUCAAACAAGGGGAGCUUAUUGAACUAAUAGAAAAACACAUCAAAGAUCUGCAAGUGAUUCAAGCAUAUUAUGACCAUGCUAACUGGUGUGUUGUUGUGGAAAAAGUCAGAGUUUGCAAAAUUUGAGAUUGCACCAUGACCUUGCACUAAGAGUAAGGCUAAUAAUUAGUUAUACGUUUUCGCAUCUUUUAGAAGUGCUUGCAUAUAGUUUUGAUGUGCUUUAUUUAAGUUGUUAGUGAUGUGCCUUUUAACAUUACAGAU